UCCACAGCCGUUAGCAUUUCACGAAAACGUAUGCCUCAUAACAAUAAGUUCAACAUCAGCUGCCCUCCAACUUGAACAAUUUCCCUUGUUAUCUUCAAACAAGCGUUGAAUAUAAUUUUAUAAAAGUGCGCAAAGUAAAGGAUUUAAGGUGACGAAAAAACACAGUAAGAAUUUUUUUUCAAUUUUCGUAAUCAGUUGAAACUGAACAAUUGACUUCUGACAUCAGUUGGCAGAAAGACUCCUCAGUGUGAGACUGUCAAUUCAUCAGAGGUGAUUGGUGUUGACAAUUAUGACCCCAUCGAGAAAACAUAAGUAGAAGUUCAGAAUAAUAAUUUACACCCACGUCGCUAAUUCAAAGGAGACAGAAGUCCGUGGCAUUCUUGAGUGAAAAGAGCUCGCAGUAAGAUGGAAAGUAAUCUGAAAUUUAAUUCCCCCUACUCAGCCGAUGCCCCCAUGUGGUCAGAUUUCGGUUCAAGUCCAAAUGUCUCAUCAGAGUACUUUGAGGUGCUCCACCCGGAGAACGAGACCCCAUUUAUAGAAUUACCCGAGAAAAUGCGACUGAAUCGGUCUGACAUCGACAGCUCGUCAGUUGUUACCAUGCAGACAGGGUUCUUACUUCCUCCGGGCUCAUCUCAGUCCAACUCAACGUUUAUGGACGCCAUCGACACAAUAAAUAUGACUCCUGUCAAGGUAAUUUCUCCAAAAGGAAAAAGUGGUCAGCCUAAGGUUGUCAAAGAGACAACAGUGGAAGAUAUUAUGAACAACGUCAUAGAGAUUGCUUCGACAGUAACAAAACAAACACGUAGAGUUGGAAAUUUGAAUAAAACCCCCGGGGCACCCUCGCAGAAAACCCCAGAAAAAUCUAAACGUAUCACCCGUUCGAUGCACCUGACAGAAGGAGUGAAGACUGAAACCUCAUUGGCCCAAAAUUCUGGAUCAACUACUCGCCGAAGUGUGGCUGCUCAGAAGCUUUCGACUUCAACAAAGACAAUCGAAGUUGUCGAUUCAUCUGUUAAAAAUGAGGCUCGAGUUCCUCCUUCCAAAAUCAUAAGAACCCCCAUUUUCAACUACAAGAAAACUCCUGUAAUUGAAAGUCUUGAAGACAUGAAUGAGCUUGCCUCCACUAGACUUUCAACUCAACAGGUGGAUACACAUAAAACUUUAAAACCAGGGGUAAACGAUAAUGCUGCUCAGCAACAGCAGCAGCAUAUGAAAGAUUGCAGCAAAAUGACGACUUCAACUCUUGCCCCGAAUCCUUCAUUAACCGUGAGCAUGAGUAAAUUAAGGAAAUCCGUAUUAGCAAGCAACAAUUCUAAACAGCAGAUACCAGCUUCAACUGUCCUUAAACAAGUCCAGCCUCAGGAGGUGCCUCCCACAGUCCCAUAUCAGUCAUCAGAGACAGGGCACCCGGAGGAAGAUAACGACGAACAUUACGAGGAGAUCGAACAAGAGGGUUUCGAAUCAGUUGGGCAUUCUGAUUAUUACCCGGUCCAUCGACGUCGAGUCAUCGAAAAACGGAGGAUGCGUGGCACGCAGCCUUCAGUCCUAACGAGCCACGCCAGAAGACGAAGCAGCAUCAUAAAGACUCAUCGUACAUCCAAUCAAUACGUGAGCCUCGCAGAGGCGAUAAAGAAGUUUGAAAAAGGCACCCCGACUCGUUUCCACAGCGUGAGAGCCAAGGAUUUAAAAGCGAAACCUCUGCAGGUGGUCAAACAGCAGGCAUUGAAGACAACGAUCCCUGUAUCUCCAGCCCUGAUGUCUAAGAAUCGUGUUAGACGUCAUGUCGUCCUGAGUCAAGCAGAACUAGAGGAGAUUGAGUUACAGAAGAUGAAGCAACAUCAGAUCCGUGCCAAGCCAGCCCCCACGAACAUUCUCAAAGCGCCCCAGCCUCUGAAGAGCGUUCCAAAGAAGCCAUUGACAGCCCAGAAGCCAUUCCAUUUGACCAAGCCCCAGAAUUCAGCUCCAGCUAAACAAGGAUCAACAUCAUCCCUAUCGUCGGUGGCAUCUGGACACCAUGUUCAAUUGAAAAAACCAGUGAAGAACAUUGUACCAACUAUAGUGAACUCUGACGGUGGUGUCACAAUCGCAGAGACUCAAAUAAUACAUUUUGGUAUUCCUAUUAGUGAAAAGAGUCAGGUAAUUGGCUCAGCCAAGAAAAAGACCACUCGACCUUUGCCCUUCAAUUUCGAGGCGCGCAACAAGCUGUUCACCACCAAGGAAGAAGAAAAGUUAAAAAAACUGCAGAGUAAGGAGGGGGAGAAAGUCAAAGUAGAGUUCCGCGCCAGACCAAUGCCAUUGACUACCAAAAAAUAUCCCCUUCAGCCGUCAAAGCAAGGGAAAGGGCAGGCUCAGAAUCACACAGAUGAUGGACAAGACAAACACAAGGUGAAAAUAAAUCCGUUCAGCUUCGAAGCGAGAGACAAAGGGUUGAUGAAGAAGAAGGAACAGCUUCAGAAGAAAAUUGAAGAGGAGGAAAAGAAGGCACGGACAUUCCACGCUAAUCCAGCACCUCAUUUCAAGCCUGUUCAGGUGAGAGGAAGAUCGAGAGAGAAUCACAAAAUCGACAACAAUAAUCCUGGAACAAUACGCAUUAGAUCAGCUGAAAGUCGCCAGACUGAUGUGAAAUUACAACCUCGGGGACGUUCUGUGGAGAAUCUCAGAACACGGCCUCAUGACAAGUCAAAGCACACUGAGAAGGUUCUAGGGUCUAAAAGCAUGCUUCAAAUACCCACUCCAACAUAUCAAUUGUCCGGUGAGACAGAUAAUAAUCAGGAAAACAGAUCGCCCAAUUGUCAGGCAGCGGUGUCCAGGGGAAAAAUCCUCACUAAACCCAAUAUGCCUGUGCUCAAGCCAAAGCUGAAGAGUCUCCCUGCGGAGCUGCACAGCGACAAACGUGCCAGAAUGCGCAAGGAUUUUGAUGACCAACUCAAGAUGAAAGCCGCCUUAAAGGAAGAGAAGAGGAGGCGAGAGCAGGAAGAGCGAUUGGCCAGAGAGCAACGGGAGAUUAAGGAACUGCGGAAAAAGGCAGAGACGAAGGCUAGACCAAUGCCAGUCUACAAACCAAUGACUCUUAUCAAAUCAACCAAACAACUCACUACUCCAGAAAGUCCAGCGUGGGCCAAAUCAAAGCAUUGAUUGAUUAUAUAUGUUAUGUUUUUAUUAUGAUAUCCAAAUUAUUGAUUAGUUUUUUUUUAUUCAUGUAUCGCAUGCCUCUGCUCGAGGGAAUUUUCGUUCAUACAGACGUGUAGAUUGUGUUGAGGUCGUUUAAUAAUUGUAUGAAAAAUUGUUUGGAAUAUGAAAAAUUUUGUCAUCGGUUUAGUAAAAGGAUGUCUGAAGGAGAGGAAGGGUUUGAAUAAACAUUUUCGAGGAUAAAGAGGAACAUUACAUUGGGCAAUUUAUUUUGUUAUUUGUAUGAAAAGCAUUAAACCAGUAUUUCUUAGGGCCACCUUUUUGUUUCAAUAAUAAAUAGAAAUUAUUCAACCUAAAUUAUACAAAUUGAUUCUCUGCCAAUUGUUGUCGAAUAAAUGAAAUGAUUGCUUUCGUUAAUAUUAAACCUUAUUACCCUCCCUUUCCCCUUUUUCCUUUUAGAAAUUUCGGUUAUGGCAAUUGUUUUCAUCUCCAGCAUCAUUCUAUUAUUCUUUCCUUUCUAAUGUGAUUUGAUUAUGAUUAAUUUAUUAUGCCACAUCUAAACAGUUCUUUCAAUUACAGAAAAAAAAAACAAAUAAAAAAUAUAA